AAGCAGAGUCGACAAAUUCUCUGCCAUCACUAACCGACUUCCCGCCCGACGUUGCGCGCAAUCCAACCUGGCGAAUACACGGCCGCUGCUGCCAACCGACAAACACCAGCUACGAGCGUCAUGGGGUCAGCGCCGCCGCUGCCUACGCGCUUCCCGUGCUGGUGCAGAGCGGUCUAUUCCUGGGGAGGAGAAUCGCAGCACGAUCUCGGAUUCGUCGAGGGGGAGUUGAUAGAAUGCCUGAACGCUGGAGACGGAUCGUGGUGGACAGGCAGGUUGCGCCGCAACAAGACCGUCGGCGUCUUCCCGUCCAAUUUUGUCGAGGUGCUGCCUGAGGAUUUCCGGCCUGUUACGCGAUCGGCGAGUCCGUUACCCACGAGCAAUACCCCGAGUCCUAGUGGUGUCCCCCAGAAAUCCAAGUCGCGAAAUUUCCGCAAGCCGUUCGAGGCCUACGCGAAAGCGCCCCAUUACACAACAGCAAAGCAGCCCGAAGUUAUAAGGCAGCCGUCCAGCACACCGCUAAGGCAGAACUCGAGCAACUCGUUUCGAAACGCGGCGCCACCGGGCACGGUCCGCCGCCCUUCGCCGUCCGAGGUCCGAGCACGUGAAUCGAGGGUCCCGUCGCCCGCGCCGCCCGCGCACUCGUUUAUCCCGAAAGCCGCCUCUCCCGCACCUCCGCCACAUACGUACGGUUCUAGGACCCCGUCACCGGCUCCGCCGCAGGUGUAUGCCCACCGGCGCACCCCUUCUCCCGCCCCGCCACCUCCGACGCACAACUUCGGCUCAAGAACGCCGUCGCCGGCGGGCUCGUUCAGUUUCAAACCGUACCGGCCCGGGGCAGAGCACGAGUCGCCACCCCCUCCAGCACCCCCACCGCACCGGCAUGCCCUCAACCGGGGCAACUCAAAUGCGUCAUAUGAUAGUCGGUUACACCAGGGGGGAUAUCACACGCCGAGGGAACCCUCGCCGAUUCCGCAGUCCCCCAUCGGCGAAGGCUUUACUCCAUCGCCCCUGAGGGAGGCGAUGGACGGCGUAAUCGAGCAGCUGGACGCGUUAGGCAUGCCGCCACGCGGGACCGAAUCCCCCGAGCCGCGUUUGGACCCUUGGUCACCAGAGUCCUUCGAUUUGGUGCAUCGCCGAUCGAGGAGGAGAGCGCAAUCGAAAUCGAGACCUCAGACGUCUAUAGGCGUUCCAUUCCAGGAUUCGGGGUAUGAAUCCCUUGGCGCCGGUUCGUCGCAGAAUAGUACCCGUCAGGAGCAGCCACUGCCGCACCUGGAUAAUUAUGUGGAAAGAAUGGAGAGCCAGUUUCGAAGGAUGCACCAGCAGAGCUCUAGCGCAGGCAUGAUCGAUACCCGAGAGCCGACUCCGCCGCCGCCGCUGCCACCACUUAAGAACCCUCGAUAUGGUAGGCCGAAGUCUUCGCUCGCGGAUCGUAAGCCGAUCCGCGAACAGAAAUCGUCCUACGAGGUCGGAAUUUUAGAUAGGACCAGUACAACCAAGACAACUUCGACAAAUGCCUCUUCCGGAAACCAAAGCACUGCGACUGACAGCACCCAAUCAACCCACCGGAGCCUGAUGAGUGGUAUCUCUGCGGGGGGUAUCAGUGCUACGAGCGCUGGUAGCCUAGCCAGGAAGAACCAACGAGCGCGAAGCGCAAUAGGCUUCCGGGACGGUGACGAGGAUUGGGACCCCAGCCGGCCGACUACACCCUUCACCGGAGUAUCAUACCAUCCCAGCCACUCCACAUCAGCUAUGCGACCUCCGUCGCAGGCCGGACUUCACGAGGAGGGAAUCGCUGCCAUCGGAGGUCUCGUACAGCCUGCGAUUGUGAAACCGAAAAAGCAGAAUUUUAUAAAGAGAAUCCUGGAAGCCACCAAGACGGGAGUAGCCAGCGGUCGGAGCAGCAUCGCGGCCGGGUCAGGCUCGGGGCAGUCCUCUCCCACUAAACGUUCGGGACCUAACGGGGUCACGGCGAUCGCGGGUGGGGUUAGCACCCCAAACCUGAUGCGCGACGCGGCCCGUGACAUGGGACUCUCCAACGGCGUGGAUUGGGUCCAGGUGCGGAGGGAUGUAAAUCGAUCCAACACCCUAAGCAAGAAUGAGCGGAAUGAGCGGCGAGACCGUUGUCUGAUGCUAGAUCACCCAGCCAUAGACCCCGUCGACGAGCUCUUCCAAAGUAUCGAGGGCGACGAGGGCGCGGACGGACUACCGGUCCACGAGCCAAUCAACUACCAAACCAUCAACCUGAGCCUGGUGGACAAAAACUCGCGCUUCAUUGCUGGUCUCCCGCCGAUGACCACAGCCGUUACUCUCGCCACGACGUACGUGUGCAGGCCGUACAAGAGCGACGUGCAGCGCCUCCGAGCCAUCUUCACCUGGGUCGCAGAGAAGAUCAAUUGGGAGGAGGACUUUGAGGGCGAAGUCGAUACCCGGCGAGUGAUCCAGACGAAGCGGGCCUCGUCAGAAGAAUGCGCCGCCCUAGUACACGAGAUGUGUGCUGCGAUCGGGAUACACUCCGAGGUUAUCUGCGGCUACCUCAAGACACCGGGCGAGGUCACCGAGACGGGUAUCAUGCCGCGGUCAAACCACUGGUGGAACGCCGUUGUUAUUGACAACGAGUGGCGCAUGAUGGAUUGUUGCCUCGCGAGCCCGUCGAAUCCUCGCCGGGGGUUAUACUCGAGCGCCGGAAACUCGAACGCCGAGUUCUGGUGGUUUCUCACCCGGCCGACCGAGCUCUGCUGGACGCACAUCCCCGAACACCACGGACAGCAGCACAUCUGCCCGCCGGUGGCGCACGAGACGCUCCUCAACUUGCCGGGCGCAUGCCCGCCGUACUUCAAGCAGGCGAUCGCCAUGGUCGAUUAUAACACGUCACUGACGCGGAUUGAAGACCUCGAGAUGGUGCACAUCAAGUUCAACGUGCCCGCAGACAUCGAGGUGGCGGCCGAAGUUGAGGUGCGCGGGUUCACGCGGGACGCUGACGGCGACUUCUUCGAGAACGGCGAGGUGGUGCGGAAGCGCGCGCUGGCGCAAGCGGACUGGUUCGGCGGCACGAAGCGGUAUACGGUCAAGGCCCUGCUACCGGGCGACGAAGGGACUGGCGUGCUCAAGGUGUACGCAGGCAAGCGUGGGCUCAUGCACAGCGUCAAAGACAUUCCCCAUCCGCUCGCGUUCGCAAUCCCCAUCAUCCAUACCGGUGACAAUCCGCCGUACGAGUUUGUUACGCGCCACCCGACACCGCAUGCCCAGCGGCACGACAUCUACGUCGUGCAGCCUCAAUGCCAACGCCUCGCACUCAACAACACCUUCGUGUUCGCCAUCCGGCAACACCCGUCGUCCAGCCCUCAAGCGGCCGGCGCCAAUCCCGGCGCUGCCAGUCCGGUACCGUCCCUAGCGCGGCCGAGCAGCGCGCUCAGCAUGACAAGCAGCAGCGCAGCAGGCUCGAUCCCGAGUUCGGCAACGGGCAGUAUCGCGGGUAAGAAGCCAGCCAAACUAGCGAUUCAGACGCCGGGAGGAAAGAUCCUGCGGCUCAUGCGCAAGGAGGACCGCGGCGGCAGUAGCAGGGGCAUCGGCGUGGGCGGACGCAGCGCGGCGUCGAGCGGCGAUGGCGAGGACGAUGUCAGCGACGGCGGCACAUGGGAGACCAUCAUAAAAUGUUCCGAGCGCGGGGUCUGGCGAGGCCUGGUGCUCGCGGACCGAACGGCGCGAUGGUGCGUAUUCGCAGAAUGGGUCUGCAUCUGACCCUAGUCGUCCGCCUCUUCCGCCGACGAAGACGCCCCUCUCUUACCCCCCCCUCGAUAGCCUGUUCCACGUCGAUUAUUGAGAUGCCCUUGGGAGCACUAUGCUCUUGAUGUGGAUAGGCGAA